ACUCUCAAAGCCUCAAGGUCAAUACUCAGAUCAGAAUUUCCUGAAAGUAGAAUUACUCCUUUUCCCUCUCUAGAAUUCAGCUCGCGAUCAGCAAUGGCGCCCAAGCCAGCAGAGAAGAAGCCAGCGGAGAAGAAGCCGGCCGAGAAGGCACCGGCGGAGAAGAAGCCCCGCGCCGAGAAGAAGCUCCCCAAGGACGGCGCCACCGCCGACAAGAAGAAGAAGAAGGCCAAGAAGAGCGUGGAGACGUACAAGAUUUACAUCUUCAAGGUUCUGAAGCAGGUCCACCCGGACAUUGGGAUCUCGAGCAAAGCGAUGGGGAUCAUGAACAGCUUCAUCAACGAUAUCUUCGAGAAGCUCGCUCAGGAGAGUUCCAGGCUCGCUAGGUACAACAAGAAGCCGACGAUCACUUCGCGGGAGAUCCAGACCGCCGUCAGGCUUGUUCUUCCCGGUGAGCUUGCCAAGCACGCGGUGUCGGAGGGUACCAAGGCGGUCACCAAGUUUACCAGCUCUUAGGGUUGUGCUCCAGAUCUGUUCUCGUGGGUCGUUAGGUUUUAUGCUCGGUCGAAUUGGGGAUUUUAUGGUUACGCCUGAUUAGGGUUCUGAUGGAUUGUAAAUUUUCUUUACGGUGCUGUGGUAGUCUGUUGAAUUUUCAUGGCAAACGGAUAUUGAUGAUCGAUUUCUUUGGUGGAUAUUGUUGAUUCUCCUUAUUUUUUUAUUCCUUUCUCAAAUUGAAAUCUGGAAUGUUGAAUAGGUUCUGACCUAGCCCUGUUGAUUGCCCUUCUUCUUGAGUUGCCGCAUGGUUUCAUUCUCAAACCAUAAGCUCCUGAAUAUCGAUUUUGUGGUGUUCUUAGUCCUGAGAUAUUACAGCUCGGUAAGUUGAUUGCUGGGUUUGCUUCGAAGACUGCAUUUCCAUCUGGGCAGACUCUUUAAAUACGAAUUAUGUUCUAUUGAAUGGUUGUUCGUCUUUGGUUUGUUUCAUUUGCUUCUCUUUCUAUAUGUUUCUUGUGUUUGGAAAUGCAGUAUUUUAGUUUGCCUGUGAACCCAUCCUAAGGUAAGGGUUCCGUUAUCAUGAAUUGUUUGUCAAUGCUACACAUUAAGUAGCAGAGUCUGUUUAUCUUCUUUGAGCUAUCCUCAUUAUCAUUUUCUGCAACAAUGUGUCCAACCCUGCUGUUUAUCGAAGUUGGCAUAGGCUGCGAGUUACUGAACUUGCUCGAAAUGAGUAGUCGAACUCCCAGGAUUAAGAAUGUAUUCGAUUCAAUGCUAGCUUGUUUGCUUGAUGUGAGUGGAGUUCAACUCCCUGGAUCGAGAAUGUAGAUCAUCGAAUGGUUGCUAGUUGUUGUUGCAGCUACAUGAAUCUUUGUCCAGCUGCUGCAGAAUUCUGAAGAGCACCUAGUGUCACUGAAAACUUUUGAGGGUUUGUUUGAUUUGCUUCUCUUUCUAUAGUCUUGUGUUUGGAAAUGCAGUAUUUGAGUUUGCCUAUGAACCCAUCCUAAUGUAAGGAUUCAAUUCCUUUUCUCUCUUGUGCGGGAGAUCUUUCAAGUUACCGCCAAAAAGCUGGUUUGGCGGUGAGAAUUUGGGCGCUGGUCAUUUUCGGUGCACGUUAGAUUAGUAAAUACAGGCUGGGUCU